AUGGGAAAAGCAUUGUCGAAACUACCAAGGAGAGAGUCAGUAGAGUCAGUAGAAACCGAAAUCAACGAUGUUUCGUUGCCAACUUCAACCAGAUAUUAUGGUGAUCUAAAACAUCAGAUUAAAAAUGGUUUAGGUUCAUUAAGUGAAAUCGAUAGAGUAAACUUACAGCAUUUCUUAUUAAAAGAAUUGAAUGGUUUUAAUUUUAAAUCACCUGUAAAUUUGAAUAAUCCCCAAGUCAGUGUCUUAGAUGUUGGGUGCGGUGCUGGAACUUGGGUCCUUGACUUGGCAAGCGAGAAUCCAGCGAACUUCUACGGUAUUGAUAUUUUACCACUUUUUCCAACAGAAAUCAAGCCUCCGAAUGCUUCAUUCUCUAUUGCGAAUUUAGUUGAUGGAUUGCCUUUUGAGGAUAAUUCGUUUGACUUUGUUCAUAUGCGAUUACUUGUAUUUUGUUUGUCAGAAUCAGACUGGGAAAUAGCAAUUCAAGAAAUAGUUCGUGUAUGUAAGCCAAACGGAUGGAUUGAAAUAUUUGAAGCCGACGUUACGUUCGCAAAUGCUCUUAAAGAUAAGACAGAAUUUAAUAAAGCAAAAUCUAUUUUAACCGAAAAAUAUAGUAUCAAUUUAUGUCCAAGUCCAUUAAUAAGAUCUUUAUUAGAAACUAAUGAUUCAUUGAAUAUAAUUCAUUUCGAAGAAAAUAAACAUAAACUUGGUAGUUGGGGUGGUAAAUUGGGUAAAUUAAAUUUAGAAAAUUAUAAAUGGGGAAUGAAAAAUUUUGCUACAUCACUCGAUUCCUUGGGGUUUACUGAGCAAAAUUUUUUUAAAUUUAUUGAAGAAUUAACUCAAGAAAUUGAAGAAACCAAAGAUGAAACACUGGUUGCACAAACUGCUUAUCGAUGUAAUCCUGAAAAUCAAGAAUUCUUAAGGAAUGAAAUACAAAAUAGGGAAACAAAGGUAUUGAUAGAAAGUCUAAAAGUCCGUGGCUUUUCUUUUCCUAUAGUAAAUAUAAAUGUACAACUUGUAAAUAGCAAGCCAGAAGUUUUACCGGUGAAAUAUUCAGAUGUUAGUGUACUAUACCUUAAAUAA